AUGAAGAUCAACACCUUCAAAUGCAUAAAACGGUCCUCUGUAUUACAGAUUCGUGCGUGCGUCCUCUUGGCUCUUGCUACCAGCGCCUUCGCCGGUUUCACCGGCUACGGCCUGGGCUACGGCUAUGGCCACGGCCUGGGUUACAGCGGUCUUGGCUACGGCCUUGGCUACGGUGGUUUGGGCUACGGCCUUGGCUAUGGCGGUCUCGGCUACGGCUAUGGCCUCGACUAUGCCGGCUAUUCUCCAGCUGUGCACACUGUCACCCACGCUACUCCAGCCGUCACCACUGUCACCCACGCCGCCCCAGCCGUCGCCGCUUACCACGCUGCCCCAGCUGUGGCUACCUACGCUGCUGCUCCAGCCGUGACCAAGGUUGCUACCACCUACCACACCCCAGCUGUUGCCACCGUGGCCCAUGGCCCAGUUGCCACUUACGCCACUGCUGUCCACGCCGCUCCAGCUGUUGCCACCGUGGCCCAUGCCCCAGUUGCCACUUACGCCACUGCUGUCCACGCCGCCCCAGCUGUUGCCACCGUUGCCCACGCUCCAUUUGUCGGUGGCUACCAUGCUGCCCCAGUCUACGGUUAUGGCGUCGGAACCCUCGGCUACGGUGCCGGACACUACGGUUUCGGCCACGGUCUCCUCGGCUACGGUCUGAACUAUGGCUAUGGCCUUGGAUCUCCAUUCCACUACGGCGCUCUUUUCCGCAAGAAGAAGUAAAUGUCCUCACCCGACCAGACCUGAAUGCAGACAAUAGUCACGGCCAUGCUAGCAUUGCUGGUGGCGAACAAAACUUGCAAAUAAAGUAUUUU